AUGUUAGUUGAAUAAUCUUCAUUGACUUUAUCUCUCACUUAAAUCAUUUAUCAAAUCCAAUAAAAUUUACUUACAUAAGAUUAAUCAUAAUUACUUAAUCUCCUCAAAUAAUUAUACACAAAAAUAUUAGUAGAAAAAGCAAUAUCUAUAUCAUUAAAUGAAUUCAAUUUCAUUUUUUAAUUUAUUGAGAAUUAUACUCAAUAUUCAUAUGAUGUCUUAGAAACUAUUUUAUUGAUAAUUUAUGGUUUAACAUUUUCAAGUACUAUUGAAGAAUUUGAAACCUUUCUAUAGACAUCUUAAUUAUUAAUUUAACUUAAUGGUUUGUUUUAUAAUUGUUCAGAAUUUUCAUUGGAUUUUGUAGAUUUACUAUUACUUAUACUAGAAAAUAUAGCUAGAAAAUCAAAUGCAUGUUUAAAUAAUUUAAUAUAAAACAAUUUUUUAAUUGUAGUGAAAUGGAUGCUUGAAACUAUUGAGAUAUAAAAUAACGAAAAAUGUGUAAUUAGUCUUUUAGGAUUCUUAUCUGUCUUUGUUGAAUAAAAUUUUAAUAAAGAAUACAAAGAUUUAUAAAUAAUAUUGUUAAAUAUUAAUAAACUAUGUAAAAUCUUUUUGAAGAUCAACUACUUCUCUAUUGAAUAAUUGUUGAAUGAUUCUGAUAAUUUAGAAAAAUAUGAAAUUAAAAUAAAUUUAAUUACAAAAUUACUUAAUGUAGUCAAAUAUUAUACAGAUAAAUUACAAUAAUAAGCAAAUAUUUAUGAAUACAAAUAUGUAUGGAGAGUUAUUUUAUUAAUCAAUUUUUCUGAUUGUUAAUUAAUAAUAUUUUAAAAAAUUACUGCAUACAUUUUAUCAACAUAAACUUAAAGUAAUGAAUUUUCAAUAAAAUAUAUUGUCAAAGAAAACUAAUAAAUACUUGAAUAACUUCUUAAUUCUUUAAAUAAAUAAUAAAAACCUUCAGGAGAUGUUGAAAAAUUCAGAAUGCAUAAUGCCAACACUUUUAGAAAUAUCUAUUAGCAUUUAGAUUAAACAAGUCUUAAGUUUUAUGAAUAAAAUUUAACUGAUUUAAUUGAAAUUGAAUGUAAUUAUUAACUCUAUAAAUUAGAAUCAUGUAAAGUACUAUCCAUUUUGCUUGAAUGUCUAUAUAUUUUACUCUAAAAAUUUCCAGAUUUAAAAUACCUAUCAUUAAUUGAAAUAAAAUUGAAAUUUUGUUAUGAAAAUUCAUGUUGGUAAAGUCUUAAAUAUUUGUUGCUUUGUAAAUUUAUAAAUUUUAAAUUAUAGCUAUAGCUUUGAUAAAUGAAUAAGAUUAAAUGAAAUCACUAAAGGAAUCUAAGAUUGGUUAUUAUAUUGAACUCUUAAGUUAAAGUGGAAGCAAAUAGAUUCAAGUUUUAGCUUGUAAAUUAUUAGAACAAAUUUGA